AAUAGGGCGUUUCUUUACUGCUUCAGUGGAAGAAGCUCAAAUAGUAACAUCUGAAAUUCGGCAAGAAAUUAUUAACUCAAUAGCAAACCCGGAUAUUCCUAAAAAACAUAUUCCAUGUGAGGUCAAAAGAAAGUGCAAAGCUAGAAAAAAACUAAUUUUUAAUAAUACUGCAUCUGAGUCCUCAUUCACAUCUGAGUCUGGCUCUGACUCUGAAUCCGAUAUUGAGAUUAGUGAAUAUGUAUCAAAA